UAAAUAACAUCGACUAAAACUAAUGGCGAGAGUGAGAGUUCCAGUAAUAGACAUGCAAAAGGUUGAGGGAUCGAGUGAAGAAAUAGUGAAGGCAUUUGAGGAAUGGGGUUGCUUUAGGAUGGUCAACCAUGGUGUCCCGUCGCAGCUCAUGGCAGAUAUGAAGGCCUUGACGGCCUCGCUCUUUGAUCUUCCGGAGGAAAUCCAAGACGAGAUGGCUAAUACUAAGCAUGGCAUGGGGUACAUCAAACGUGGCGUGAUAAAUCCAUUUUACGAGAGUCUCAGUAUCAGUAACAUUUUAUCUAUAGACAACUUAUGUGACAACCUUGUUGUUUCCACUCACCAAAGGGAGAUUAUAUACAAAUAUACACAAGCUAUUCAUGAUCUAGCCCGACUUCUUGGGCACAAACUGAUGAAAGGACACGGUUUGGUCGGGGAUUUGUUCGAUGACGGAUGGUGCUGCGAAUUAAGAAUGAUCAAAUAUCAUUUUUGUCAGGAAAGUGUAGGGUUAUCAGGCACCGAUUUGCACUCUGACCAUACGUUUCUUACUAUUUUACUGGACGAUGAAAACUUGAAUGGCCUUCAGGUGGUUGACAAAUACUCCGGCGAGUUUGUUACGAUUGAUCACGUUCCUGACACACUGGUUGUCAAUGUCGGCGACAUCGGCAAGAUUUGGAGCAAUGGGAGAUAUUGCAAUGUGCUUCACAAAGUACGUUGUUUGGAACCAAAAGUAUGUUAUUCGAUUGCCUUUUUUAUGUUUGGACCAACCGAUACAAAGGUGGAAGCACCAUCAAAAUUGGUUGACACGGAUCACCCUCGUCUUUAUGUUCCCUUUGAUUAUAAGGAAUACAAGCAAGUUCGAACAACAAAGCGAGCAAUCACCGGUGGUGCCGUUGACCUAUUCAGCAUCAACUCCACUCCAUAAAUUAAAUUAUCUGUAUGUUUUAGUGUGUUUGUUGUUUUUUUUUUUUUUUGAACGGUAAAUUUCUUUACUCCUGUCGUCUAUGGGACUCAAACCCAAGACCUCCCCCUCCCAGUGUGUUUGUUGUUGAUGUGGUGAUUUAGCGACUUUUCAUUUGAAGCAUUAUACUAUCUUUAUCGUUAGUUGCUUUGUAUUCUUAAAAGUGAUAUUAUCCUUUAUCGUUGGUUUCUUUGUAUUCUUCUAAAAAGUGUGUGUUUUUUUGU